AUGUUUGGUUUAUUUUAUUGUAAUGAAACAUUAUUAGCUGCUGCUGAACAAGAUCGAACAUUAUUUUUUGUUAGACAUUUAGUUAAAAAUUGGAUUUGGCCAACAUUAACAUUUUUUGGUGUUACUGGAAAUAUAUUAGCCAUUAUUGUAUUGACAAAACGUCGAAUGAUUAUGUCAAGUACAAAUAAUUAUUUAAUGGUAUUAGCUUUAGUGGAUAUUUUCUAUUUAUUAUUGACAAUGACCCUUAAUAUUGUUGCUCAUCCAUGUUUUAAACAGCGAAGUUUUUCGCAGAUCAUUACAACUAUGGCUAAACCGAUAGCUGAUUGGUCUUCGAAUACAUCCGUAUGGCUUACUGUAACAUUUACCAUUGAGAGAUGGGUAGCAAUUACAUAUCCAUUGCAAAGUCGAAGAUGGUGUACUGUUUAUCGUGCUAGAAGAAUUAUUGGUGGCGUUCUUAUUGCUGCUCUAAUAGCUACUCUACCAUCAGCAUUCGAAAUGAAACUUGUUCGUGUUAUUAAUAAUAGGACAAACGUAUACAAGAUUACAGCUGAGUAUACCGAAUUAUUAAAGUCAAAAAUAUAUCAAAAAAUUUAUUUUAAUUUUGUUACAUUUGCAAUUGUUUGGAUACCACUUAUAUUAUUGCUUAUAUUUAAUACAAUUUUAGUUUAUUAUGUUCAUCGUUCAAAAACCACAUCUCAAGAAACUAUUGACGGUUUUAAACUACGUCGGCAUCAUCGUACUGCACAAAAUGAACAACGAAAAACUACUAUUAUGUUAAUUGCUGUUGUCAUCGUGUUUACAGUGUGUCAAAUACCACAGGCAAUUAGCUUAACAUUAGCAUCGUACAAUCAUGAAUUAGCAUCAUCGAAUAAAGUAUUAAUCUAUAAUAAUUUUGCCAAUUCAUUAGUGGCAUUAAAUGCUUCAAUUAAUUUCAUUUUUCCAGCGACAAGUAUUGUUGAACACAGUGCAUCUAUGCAUUUGAAAUUACCACCUAUAUCAUCUAAUUUACUUGAAAAACGUAUUAGUAAUAAUUACGAAUCAAAUUGUAUACAAAUGCGAUCACCCUCAAAUAGUUCACCAAAAUUAGAAGUAUUAAAACGACUUUCAAGAACGGAAUCAUUGAAACGAAUAUCGAAAUCUCUUUCACAUCGAUCGUUGAACAGUGACCCAAUCUGUAAACAAUAUUACUCUAAUGAAUAUUUAAAACAAUCAACACCAACAGAAAUUCGUCAACAAUCGUCUUUACAAACAAAUAUAGAUAAUGGCACAGAUUCAAUUUUUUAUUCGUUUUUAUCACUAGAUUCGAUGGCGUCAAAUGAAAAUCAUGAUGUAUGGAUUAAACGAUUAGAUAUACAACGAUCUCUUUCAACACCAUCCAAUUUAAACGAAUCUGUGUUAUGGGGCGAAAUUCUCGAUGUACAAGUUUGA